AUGAAGACUUUAGUGGUAUCUAAGGAAUACAUACUAAGGAGUUUAAGUGCAGCCCAGGGCCUCAGCACUGCUGACAAGGUACAGAGCUCGGCUGACUAUAGAACAAGAAGAAACACAGCAGACUGCUCCCUGCUGGCUAAUUUGCUUUGGGAGGAACUAAGCUUUCUUUCUCUGAAUGACUGCAAAGCAGUCAUACAAGGACUGUCAGAGGUCACAUCUGUUUGCUUACAAGGAGAAAGUACUCUUAAUGAACUGUCACCCCAAGAUAACUCAUCUAUUGCUAUGGAGACAGCUAAAAUGGUCUUACAAUUUCAUUUGGUAUUCUUCCUGCAAGUUCCUGAUUACGGAAGUACUGAAGUUUACUGCUCUGAGGAGAUUUUAAGGUUUGAGAUGAAGGAGCUUGGUGCCGUCAAUAUAUGGAAGAAGUUGAAGGCACGGUCACUGGCAUUAGAAGCAUUCAUCGAGGACCUGAUGGUGCAAGCGCAGAAAAUCAAGUACGACAUCAUUGGUCUGACCGAAACGAGGAGACAUCAAUCACAUCACGCCAUUUUCGACACUGGAGAAGAAUUGUUCCUCGGAACAUGUGACAACAGAGGCGUUGAUGGCAUUGGUGUCCGUGUCAACACAAACUUGGCCAUGAGCAUUGAUUCAUUUGAAGGCCUAACAACCUGAAUUGGACGAUUACGCUUGAAUAGAUGUGGCUCACUGCCUGCAGUUUCUAUCUUCAUUGCCUACGCACCAACUUCCAACUACGAUGAAGAAGAAAUUGAGAGGUUCUACAUGGAACUAGAGAAGUUCUAUAAAGAAGACCACACCUUCUACAAGAUCAUUUUUGGUGAUUUUAAUGCCAAGAUAGGUCCGAGAAGGUCACCCGAAGAACCCCACAUUGGGACACAUGGCCUAGAAUGGAACCUUCUGCAGCAGCAGUGGGUUUCCCAGGAAUAUUCUUUUAGUAGUUUCUUUAGAUGUGAUCUGCACAGAAGGAAGAGAGCAGCGUGGAAUGCAUUCAAGAGCGUCAAAGACGUGGUUAAGAGAACGAAGAACCUCAGACUCUGGGCACAUCUUUUUGAUUCCACUGUUCUUCCUGCACUAACAUAUGCCUCAGAGACAUGGGCCCUAUGCAAACAGGAUGAGAAUGCUAUUAGGGUAUCCCAAAGAGGAAUCGAAAGAGCUAUGCUAGGAAUAUCAUGUCUCACUCAAGUGAGAGAUGGAAUCCGGAGUUCUGACCUCUGUUGACAGUCAAAAAUCCAGGAUGCUGUCUCGUUUGCCAAGGCAUCAAAAAUCAAAUGUGCUGGUCAUGUAAUGCGAUUCAGAGAUGACCGCUGGACUAGAGCUGUUACCAACUGGAUUCCACGGGACGUCAGAAGACCUCAUGGCUGCCCACCAACUAGAUGGUCAGAUUUUUUCGUCAAAUCUCUGAAUGAACGAUUUGAGGCUCUUCCUGUCCCUGGAGCAAGCAGAUAUCAUUGGGCUGCACUAGCACGUGACCAAGACAAAUGGCGAUGUUACUGGUGCCCGCUCAAGCAAAUUGAAGAUCAACAGGACUACAAGUGA